GAAAUAAAUCAACAAUGGUUCGGUUUAAUCAGAUUAAAAGUGUUCUGUAAAAGCUGCACGAUUAAUAAUGAUAGAAGACAUUGAUGGCUUAAACACACCAAGGCCGAAAAUGAGAAACUGACCGCUGGCAGUGUGUGAAGAUGCCAGUCCAUCUAACAAACUGAUGGAGACCCAAAAGAACUCUGAAGAGAAGGAAUGCUCCCGAGUGAGGGGUGUAACCCACAGGUGGCAAGGCUACUCAUCUUCUGUUGAACCAGUGCCGCUGCUCCUGAGUCAGCCUGUGCGUCAGGCUGCACUAGGGACCAGCCAUGGAGUUCUGCUCACAGAAGGUGGCCUCGUCUACUGCUUUGGAGAGCUUCCAUGGAGACGAGACCUAACUUCCCAGGCAGUGGAACCCAUCCUUGAGAGCACUUUAACUGACCUGUCUGUGGUUCGUGUUUCUGCAGGCAGCUUUCACUGUGGGGCCAUAACAGACAAUGGAGUGGUGUACAUGUGGGGGGAGAACUCCCAUGGUCAGUGUGGUAUCACUGGUUUAAAUCUGGUUCCUGAUCCAUUUCCUGUUAACAUUGUGGAUGAUGACACUGUACCUUCAGAAGUGGUCAAGAUCCAGGAUCUGGCCUGUGGUGCUCAGCAUACAUUAGCCCUUUCAACGAAGCAUGAGGUUUGGGCCUGGGGAAGUGGCUGCCAGUUGGGCCUUGUGACCACUGUGUUUCCAGUGUGGAAAGCACAGAAGGUGGAGCACUUAACGGGGAAAUAUGUGGUGCAGAUUGCCUGUGGCGAGUUCCACAGUUUGGCUUUGGUUCACACACUACCCCCUUCAGGGUCCAGUCAACAGUCCUUCAAUAAAUGUAACCACUGCAAACAGUCACUUUACACUAUGAUUGACAAAGAUGAUCAUGUGAUCAUUUCUAACAACCAUUACUGUCCACUAGGGGUGGAACUAACUGAUGCAAAGCAUGAUCAAGGAUCAAGGCAGGAAUCUCCAGCCUUGACACCAAAGGAGAUCCCAAAACCUGAUCUCCAGAACUCCACUGGGUUGUCUGAUGCUUGCCUCUCUCAGGAAGCUGUAGAUGGAUCAUACAGUAAUGACACUGAAACACCAGCAAUGAACGAACCAGCUCCAGACAGUUCCAGCCCUCCACUUCGACACCUUACCAAUACCAAAAGCUCUCUUUACCCAGAUGAACAAGCUGUGAAAGACUACCUCAAAAGGAUCUCUGACCAGUCCAUCUUAGAGCAGUUUGAGACUCCUUCCAGGAAAGGCUCGCAACCACCUAGCCGUCAGACAUCUCUCAAGGAGCAAAGUAGCAAAACCGUAUUAUCAUCACUAGCAACCGUUAACAUGAGCAAUGGUAUUGAAUCCAAGCUUUUAGAUUCUGCACCAGUUGAUUUACAAGAAUGCAAUGCUACAAGCUUAUUUUUAAAUAGCCACACUGGUCUGUGUACCUUACCAGUGCGAGAUUCUGUUAGUGAUGAAGACUCUGAAGACUCCGGUAUAAAUAGGGUCAGUCCUUGUGACUUUUUAGCCAGUAAUAGUUUUGAGGUCUCUGAUGAAAGUGUAGUGACUGUUGGUAACGAUCAGUGUUCAGACAAGUUCCUAGAAGACAAGAGGAGUGCCAGCCUGUCUAACAUCCUGAUUGAGGAAAUGGAGGAAUCUAAUCGCAGAAGAUCAUUACCCAACUUGCUCUCAUCAGAUAAGUUUAACUGGACAAAAGUGGGAGGAACUAGUAUGACAAACUCAAGUGUUAUAGAGAAGGAGAAGGAGAAUCUCCUCCCGUCUCUUUACACAGAAGUGUGGAGUUGGGGUAGGGGUGAGGAGGGUCAGCUGGGUCAUGGAGACACUUUACCCAGGCUGCAGCCGUUUUGCAUCAAGAGCUUAAGCAACAAGGAAAUCGUGAAGAUUGCUACUGGAUCACUUCAUUCCCUGGCUCUGACUGCUCAGUGUGAGGCUUAUUCCUGGGGUUGCAAUACAUUUGGUCAGUUGGGUCACGUGAGCUCUACCACUGUGCCACAGCUUGUGCAGAUGUCUGAUGGUAUCCGUGUGUGGGAUGUAGCGGGAGGAAUGACCCACACUGUCUUGCUAGCCGAUGGAGACUGCUUACAGCCCAUUCUGUACUACACUGGUGAGCAGGUGCAGGAGGAUUCUCCUACCGGGACAUGCACCCAAACGCCUUCUCUUUUGCCCUUCUUCAUGAACCUUGGCUUUGUGAGAAGUGUUUUAGCAAGAGGACUAAGCUGUUUGGCACUGGCUGAUCAGAAUGUGAUGGGUUUCAUUGCCACUCUACAUGAGCUGGCAUCAGCAGAGCGGAAGUUCUACUGCACACUGAGCAAAGUGAAGAACCAAGUACUUCAACCCUUACUGGCUCGGGACAACGUUAGUGCAUAUUUGGGCAAGACUUCCACAUUGCUGUUCCAGUCCAUGGUAGGACAUUAUAGUCGCCUGUGUCACCUAUCGGGGCAGCAUGCCACUUCUCUCACCAACUUCCUACAGAACAGCAGGGAUGUCAAGUCUUUGUCCAUGUUGAAAAAUGCUGCCCUUUUUAUAGACACCUAUAAAGAUUACAGCAGUCCUGUAGGGAACUUUCUUGUGAUGGGAGGAUUCCAAGCUCUUGUGAAGUCCUCACAAGGAUGUUUGGGAAAGAAGCUUGAACUGGUAAAGAAGCUUUUGCAGCUCAAGGAGAAAAACAUUGCACCGAAUGAUCUGCUGCUGAACCUGUUCUACAUGCCACUGCAGCAUGUGCAGGACUAUAGUCGUCUUCUUCUAAAGCUGACUACCUGUUUUGAUGUGAGCUCUGUUGAGUAUCACAUGAUUCAGGUUGGCUGUGUACAGUUUGAAGGAUUGGCCCAACUCCUCAGCAAACAGAGGAAAGAUGCUGAGACUACCUACACCUUCUGGAAGAACUUCUCGGGAAAGGGCCAAGAGUGCUUACGGAAGCCGUCCCGGAGGCUGGUGUGCGACAGUGGAAGUAAAGGUUUGACCCUGCAGAACUCUGGAAGAUUCUCGGUCAACAGGUUCAUUCUCUUCAAUGAUGCACUUGUUCAUGCACAGGGUAACAUUUCAUCUAAGAAGUUUUUCUCCUCUUACUACAUCUAUCCACUGGCCACGCUUUGGGUGGAACCUUUCUCGGAUGAAAACCUUGGCUUGCUGGGACUAAAGCUGACCACCCCUGAAGAAAAUUUCACCUUGUUGGCAUCUACACCUCUGGAGAAGGGGAAGUGGCUGAAAGUUAUUCAUCAGGCUGUGGAUGAGGUGCUGGGGGUGGGUGUAGAUGCACAUGGGUUCAAUGGCGGUCAGAGGACAGAGCCCCCUGUUUCUCGCACUGCCACAUAUACGUUCUCUAAGGAGGGCCGGCUCAAAAAUGCCGCGUACGGUGGUCGCUGGCUUUUAGGCAAACCUUAUGGCAUAGGUGACUUGAAGUGGCCUGAUGGUAGAGUUUACUAUGGUAAUUUCAAGAAUGGCCUGGAGGACGGAUUUGGAGACUAUAUGAUGCCCAACAUGGCCUUAAAGACAUUUGAUCGUUAUAAGGGUCACUGGAAGGAGGGCAAAAUGCACGGCUUUGGAACCUACCGGUAUGCUACAGGUGAGGUGUACGAGGGCUCAUUUCAGGACAACCUGCGUCAUGGUCAUGGCAUGCUGAGCAGUGGCCGACAGGCUUCCUCUUCCACCAGCAGUGUGUUUGUCGGUCAUUGGGUCAACGACAAGAAAACUGGUUACGGCAUCUUUGACGACAUCACCAAAGGUGAAAAGUACAUGGGGAUGUGGCAGGAUGACCAGCGGCAGGGCACUGGUGUUGUGGUCACCCAGUUUGGCCUGUAUUUUGAGGGACAAUUUAAUAAUAACAAGAUGACGGGCACUGGGCUUUUGUUCAGCGAUGAUGACACUGCCUUUGAAGGAGAGUUUUCAGAUGACUGGACAUUAGAUGGAAGGGGGGUUUUGUCAAUGCCUCAUGGAGACUCUUUUGAGGGCAUCUUUGUGGGUGAGUGGGGAUCUGAACUGAAGGUAUCAGGAACCUUUUCGAAGCUGUGCCCUUAUGACACUGAGGAAAAAAAGAUGAAGACGUUCAAGAUCGGCCGUCACGUAGUGCCUGCCGAAGAGAAAUGGGGGGCUGUGUUUAAAGAAUGCUGGAGUCGUCUGGGCUGUGAAACUCCAGGACUGGGAGAGAACGAGCGAGCUUGGGACAACAUCGCGGUGAUACUGACGACCAGCCGCAGGGAGCGGAUGCACAGGUACACACACACUGUUACUUCUGAAGCUCUGAGUCGCUCGCAGUGUAAGAUGCUGGAGAGUUUGGAAGUAAUUCCUCAGCACAAUGGACUUUGUACCGCCGAAUCCUAUGAGAACAUUCGCCGCUACCUCGUCAAGGCGUUUGAUACUCCACUGCAUCCUUUGGGCUGGCUGCUGGAGACGCUGGUCACUGUGUAUAGGAUGACCUACGUGGGUGUGGGAUCCAAUAGACGGCUCUUAGAGCAGGCUGUGAAAGAGAUCCAGUCCUACUUGAAACACAUAUUCCAGCUUGUCAGGUUUUUGUUUCCCGGUCUGCCUGAAGAGGGGGGGUUUAUUCCUGACACCUCAGAGAGAAGAUUAAGUGGCACACUAAACAGCAGCACUUGUUCAAACAUUGGUCAGCAGGGCUUGUUUGUGAGUAGCUCCGGCCUGCUGCUCCCGGUUCUGUUACCUCGUCUCUAUCCUCUUCUCUUUGCUCUGUACGCUCUGGAGAAGGAGCGUGAGGAGGAGGUGUACACAGAGAGUUUGUUCUACCUCAACAGGCAGCCUGACCUGUCUUUGCUUACCUUUUUGGGAGUGCCUAAAAAAUUCUGGCCAGUAUCGAUCUCUGUUUUAGGAGAGAAAAAGGAGGUGCUGCCGAGCACUAUGGACGUUUGCUUUGCGACUGCUGUGGAGACCCUGCAGCAGAUCGGCAGCUUUACUUUCACUCCUGCAGAUAAGCUCCGUGUGAUUCAGAUGACCUUUGAGGAACUCACGCAGGAAGUUCAAGGCAUGCUCGGCCAGGACUUCAUGUGGGGCAUGGAUGACCUCUUUCCAGUCUUCCUCUAUGUAGUUCUUCGUGCACGAAUCAGAAACCUUGGAUCUGAGGUGAGCCUGAUCGAGGACUUUAUGGAUCCUGCUCUACAGCACGGUGAACUCGGACUCAUGUUCACCACUCUGAAAGCUUGCUACUACCAGAUUCAGAAUGAGAAAAGCAGGGUCAUGUAGAGGCAGCAUGUUGUGGAUGAAGUGGAUGAUGUGGAUCAUUACAUCUCCAGCACAGACACAGUGAGAAACCUGUAACUGGGAGGAGCAAAAACUGACCCCCUUUAUAGGACCUGCUUUAUCAGAUAAUAUCUUUAAAGUGUGUGAAAACCUACUGAUUUUAUUUGCUGCUUAUUACUGAACUGACAAAUGAUAAAAGUCUUUAAAAAAUAUAGAAGUUUGUUUAGUAAGUUAGCUGAAAAUGGUUAUAUGAUUUUGAAUGGGUUUUAACUCGUCUGCUUAACAAAGUAAAACAAAGAUUUAACUUAAAAUGUUUCUCUCAAAUAUGUGCUUUGUACUGUAUUUAUAAGAAAGCAUAUAGUGUGUUUUUCAGCACUAUACUGAUGUAACAUGAGGGUGUAGAAAGUUAGAAUUUAUAUACCUUUGUUAAAAGAGAAGUAUAAUCUGAAAUGACUACACUACUGUUAUAAGAUGGUUUUGCAGUGAAGAAUUAACAACCAAGAAUUGUGUGGAAGAUUGUUGCGUAACAUUUUACCUAACAAGGUCACGUUUAAUGUUACAUUUUUUUUUUGGGGGGGGGCAUUUUUUACACUGGAUUUGUCCUUAUUAUUAUUACUGAGAGCGCACUGAUAAGUUCACCUCCCACUGACCAGCCUGUUCGAUCUCCUCAGCUGUAGUUAAACAUGUCUGUGUAGAUGCCCCAUAGUAUUUGCCUUUAUGUUCAAUAGCACAGCUGAGAUUUGAACCCCACAUCUCAGCAGUAGUGGGCUAGCAUGUUUUACUGCUGCACCACCCAAAGACCCAAUGAGGUCACCUUCAAUAAGCUAUUAUUUAAAGUGUAGAUCACUGCAAUACUUUAUGCAUGUCCUGUAAAUUCGUCUAACGUAAUGAGUAAAUAAGGGAAAAUGAGGCAUGUGAUGCCAUUUCUGCCAGGCAUUGCAGACUAAAGCAGUUCUACUCAGUCUGGAUGUGGACUGUAGGACAUUAAAGCUGAUACCCAUCAUAAAUCUUACAUUUUCAGCAUUUAGCAGAUGCUUUUAUCCAAAGUGACUUACAAUUAUGACUGAAUACAGUUUGAGCAAUUGAGGGUUAAGGACCAUGCUCAGGGGUGGUGGUAAUGAGGCUUGAACCGGCAGCCUUAUGAUUACUAGUCUAGUAGUUUAACCACUGAGCUACCACUGCCCACUACUGUGACUACAUCAGGAUUUAAAAAUGUUUUAGAUCUUUUUAGAUGACAUGAUGGCCACAUCAGGACAAAACAAUGAGGCACUGGCACACUUAACAGACACGAGGCACUGUAGUUACUGAAGCACCACCUACUGUCGUUACUGUUUAGUUUUUGUAGAACAGAUUAUGUUUGCUGGUUACUGUAUAGUUACACGUUGUAUUUUUAGGGAGCGGCAGUUCUUAUUUGUAUUGAUUUAUUGUUGCAUUUAUUUCUUUAACAGUUACACUUCAGUUACUGCUACUCUUCUUUUUCUUUACUUGAGCUAAUAGUGGCUUCUAGACUCGUGGUAAUUUAAGCUGGAUUGACUGUGAACAACCUGUAUUCAUUUGGAGAACAUGUUUAAAUCACAUGACUGCCGUGAUGUACACAUCACUUCCCCUAUUAGUAAAUGUAAACUUUGGAUUUCAGCUCUAUGUGAAUGUAUCAAAGGUUUAACUGAUUAAAGUAAUAAGAAAACAAUGGGGAAGUUGAUCAGUAAUAUUAGCUAAUAAUGUAAUAAAUAUUUUUAUAUUUGUGGAAAUUAGAAUUUUUUUAAAAUAUAUAAAUUUGUUGAAUUAUAAACUAAUGUUUUUAUAAACACGUGUCUUUAUCCUUAUUAAAUUGACUGUUAAUAUAAGAUCAUUGUGAGCACAGCUGGGUUUUACAUACGUUAGACAUACAAACCCCAUUUCUGGAAAAGUUGGGAUAUCUAGUAAA